AUGAUAGUGGCCGGCGUGACUUUAGGGGUCACCGCUGUAGCUUUAGUUGCGCUUGGUGCCUUUUUGGCGACCAGAAGAAAUGACCCUCUUACUAAAGACUUUCGAGAACAGUUGGGGGGCAAGGGUGCUGGGAAGAUGUUCACCAUUUCCACCGCUCUCCUCGUAGGUCUCUACGUAAUAGUGUCAAGGCUCCGCCAAGACAUACUCCCCAUUCUGAUGAAGGCCUACUUUUGCUAUGUCCUUGUAAUGAUGGCUAUCAACUUUCUGCGUCCGUUCCUAUUUAGGAGUAUCUACCCCGGCUCUCUUGACAACCCUCCUCAGUAUCUAGUGAAGUGGAUGAAGCUUUAUGCUGUAGAUCUAGUCUCGGUUGCUGCUGCGCUCCCCUUGCUGCUUAUCUAUUGGCUUUCAGAUAACUGGAUUGUCAUGAACUUCUUGGCUGCUUUAGUGGCACUGUUUUCGAUUGAAAUCACACGCUUUAAGACACUAACUAUUGCAUCAAUCACGUUGGUGGCGUUUUUCUUUUACGAUAUCUACUUUGUGUUCUUCACACCCAUAAUGCUUACGGUUGCAAAGAAGGUAGUCAUCCCAGUCAAGAUUGUGUGGCCUCGUGAGUUUUAUACUUUUAGCAUCUGGACAUCAUACAGUGAUACGGCCAAAUUUGCGCUGCUUGGCCUCGGCGACAUAAUUCUUCCCGGAGUAUACAUUGCACUUGUUUCUAGAAUAGAGGCACAGAUUGCCGCCACAAAAGGCCUGGUUGUAAGACCUUCGCUUACGCAGGCCUGCAUCGCAGCGUAUGCCGUCUCAAUCAUUGUAGCCAUGUGUGUUUUGUACUUCUCCCAGAAAGGACAGCCAGUACUACUUUACAUUGUACCGUCGCUGCUAUCAACGACCUACGGGCUCAUGUAUUGCAAGUAUGACAGGGACCUGCGGGAUGCUGUCGUAAGUUAUGUGGACGAAGAUGACGAUGAGAUAGUACCUUUCAAACCUGGCGCUAAGUCCAAGGCCGGUGCGGCAAGGGAAGACGAGCACAUUGAUAACCAGGAGGGAGACAAGAGCUUAUCCUGCACUGAGGAAGCUCGGACGCUCCUCGAUGUUCCAGAGGUAGAUACAAAUGGCAUGAAUGGCAUGAAUGGUAUAACUGAUAAGGAUGAUAGAGGUGACAGAAAUGAUACUCCCGCUGACAACGAUAAUAGCAACACAGUGGUUGACCAGUAA